UUAAAAAUAGAAAAAGGAAUAUGUCUCAGUUUAUUUCAUAUUUAACAAUUUUUUCAUUGCUUAAACCUAAUUGAGUGAUGUUAAAGAUUGAUAUUUAUAUACUUUUUCGAAUAUGUACCUUCAUUGUUAAAAGUGUUUGUGUUGGCCUUACCUAAUAUAUAGAUCUAUUAAGAAUUAAGAUAAUUAAGGCAAAAUGAAGAUCAAUGAGAAGAAUUUAUGUGCGUUCGCUUCAUCAGCAACUCCAGUAGAUCGUGAGGGAUGGCUAGAUAUGAGAGGCGAAGUAGGAAAAAGCUACCAACGCAGAUGGUUUACUUUGAAAGGAAAUCUACUGUUUUAUUUCGACAAAAAAGGAGAUAAAGAACCAGUCGGUGUUAUUAUACUGGAAGGAUGUACGAUUGAAUUGACGGAAGAAGAGUCGUACAGUUUCAAGAUAGUGUUCCACUGUGAAGGUGGACGUACAUAUUUCUUGUGCACAAACUCACAAGCCUCAAUGGAAGCUUGGAUGAAGGCUUUGGCUUGUGCAAGUUAUGAUUAUAUGAAAUUGAUGGUGGCUGAGCUGCAAAGACAGCUGGAUGAAGCUCAGGCUGAAGAGGCUGCCGAGGCUGCUGCAUUAGUUACAGUCACGUCUCCUGAAGAUGAACCCAAGGUUCCACCCCGAGGUCAACGUUACAAUCCCUUCAACAAAGCUCCCGAAGGAGAGACUAAAGCAGUACCAGGGAGUAGACACCACAAAGAGAGUGUGAAGUCAGAGCUUCCCCGUAAAAAAGUACCAUUUCGCGAUAUCCACAAAUCCUAUGGUCGAAAGAUCCUUUCAGAUCGCAGCGAGUGGCGCGCGCGGCUGCGCAUGCGCGAUGAUGCUGUCGAGCGACCUCUAAUACAACUGUGAGGCUAAAUACGUUAACACUGAUAUAUGAAUUCAAUAUCUCAUUGCAAUUGUAGUUUGAAGGUUGAUGAAAUCAGCUACGAUUUGUAUUACUUGGCAGUAUUGAACAAGUUUGCAAGAUUUGAAAAUGAAAGUGAUACAUCUGAAUUUUGUUGUGAUAAUAUUACAUGUAUUUAUUGCAUACUCAAUAUAUUUAUUGAAUACUUUGCAUAUACUUGUAGUAUGUAAAGCCGUUACAUCUUACAGAUUAUUCUGUGAGAAUUCACUUGGUACCAUAUUAAUGUAUAUAAAUACAUGUGUGAUUUAAAUGUUAAAAUUAUUGUAGUUACAUUAUGUUGUAUGUAUAAUUGUCUAAUUUCAUGUUCAUGGUCUGAGGUGAAUUUAGAGUUUGUUGUUUCAGAAUAGCUAGACAUGAACAUUGUCACAAGAACAUAUUAUGUUUAUUUAUUAUGUUACCAACAAGCAAACAAUAGCUAUGAUCUUGUCUAUCCUAUAUUUUCUCCCUCUCUGACUUUGAUGAUAUUUAUUUAUUAUUUUAAUAAUGUGUGUUUGUUCACAAAUUCCAAUUUUUAAAGAUGAAAUUUGUAAUAUAUAUCGCAAAUGUUUAAAGUAUACAGAAACAAAAUUAUUUGUUUCAUUUUCAAUUAAAACUAGCGAAUGUUUAGAUUAAUUAAAAAUUGUUUUGCUACCACUUUAGGCAAGCUUUUAGUGUAAUAAAAUCACAGAGGCAUCGGAGUGAGUGUCAUGAGUUUCUUGUAAAAUAUCUGCCCCGCGAAUGUGAUUCCUAUUGGCUGAUGAAUUAUAAGUUUACGGAACUAAUAUAUAUCUAUAACUCAGAUAAUCAGCUUAUACAUGUCACCCUUUAAAUAACAGUUACAGUCUUGAUCAUGUUGCUGUAAACAUUAGUUCAGUCUGGUCCACCUGACUGCUUUGUUUAAGAUUUAUCGAUAUCUUUAACUUUUCUUAGAUUUGUCAUUUAUAAUAAAGAUAGGCAGACAAGCAAAUGGAAAACAAUAAGUAGAAUACACUCAGUAUUUUAAUUUAUACUAGUGUGCGCUCUUUGGUCGAAGCUGGCCCACAAUCAUAUUUGAAAAUUUGAGGAAUUUGUUGCUCUGAAUAUUUUUAAAAUUUAAAAUAAACCUUUUUUCCAAUUUUUAAUAGUGAUAACUCUAAAGCCAAUGACCAGCCAUUAGUGACCUAACAAAAAAUUAAACAUUUGACAAAUAUGUGACAUAAUGGCACUAAACUAUUUCGUCGAUGCCCAUUUAUAUUAGCGUUAAACAAAAAAAGAUAAUUGUUAAUUUUUUACCAAGCUUGAAGCUUUAAACAUAUCAUAUUGUACUAAUAAGCUAGGAACUGAAAUUAUUAUUUAUAUUGAAUCCUUUGGAAGGGAAGAUCUUCAAAAUCUAAAUUUAUUGUUAAGCUCGCUUGCCAAUUUUAUUUUAUUAGGAAAAACGAUAAAUUAAUAGUUUUUAAUUUGAAUUUAUUAUUUACGGACUUCAUUUUAAGAAUGUAUUUGUUAAUAUAUAUAUAUUAUUAUUAUUAUUACUUUUUGUUUUAAUUACACAACUUCUUUCAUAGAUUUUUGUGUGUAGAGUUGAUUUUUCUUAUAACAAUAUAAGUAUUUAUUUAACCUGUUAUUUUCGGUGAGACAAACUUAUGCAAUAAAUUUAAAGGCCGUUCCAUUUCCAAACUUUUUUUUUUUAUCUCAUUGUAAAAACGCGUUUCGUGUUUUCUACAUGAAGUGGUGCCGACUGCGCUUUAGUACACCGGAAUAUGAAUUAAAAAACCCGCGAUAUGUGGAUCUACGAAACCGAGGGUACUGAGUAUCUUCAUAAGACCAGCGACGCCUCGUGUAGCGGGCGGAGAAGGUGUGCGUCGCGGUUUUCACACUUUGACCCGGUCUUCUGCGUCGGAGCUACUAUGUAGCGGUGUCCUCCUCCAGUCAGUUCUAGCCAUUUUCAAGUCAUUGAACUAAACUAUGCGCAGAAUUUCUCUGCUGAUGACGACAUUAUAGUCAAUUAUAAUAGUUUUACUACAUAUAUUAAUCAAAUAAAAGUAUUU